GUGCUUCUGCUUGUUCUAUAGAAGAACUAAAACUUCUUCUCUGCAGUAGGAGGUAUUUUUUUCUAACAUACCUUCUCAACCAGGACACAAUACUGCCUUCUGGCUGUUACAACAAACCAAAUAAUCAGGAUCAUCUUCACUAAUCUGGAGUAGUUUGGAGAUGUCUCGUCUACUUAGACUCUUCGUGUUUCUUUCUGGUUUCUGCUACAUUUUUGCUUCUCCAGAGGUCUGCACCAACUCCCUCAUACCCGGAGCUAAAGGAGAUCAAGGUGAUGCUGGAGAGCAGGGGGAAGAGGGAAAGCUUGGGAAGAAUGGACCACCCGGAUUGGCAGGUGUGCCAGGUGAACCAGGUCAUAAAGGAGAAGUAGGUCCCACAGGAAAAAUGGGCCCGAUUGGAGAGAAAGGUGACAAAGGUCCUAAAGGUUUUGAUGGACCAGCUGGGCUCAAAGGACAAACCGGUGCAACGUGUGACUGUGGGAGGUACAGGAAGGUGGUUGGACAGCUGGAUGAGAAUUUAGGGAAGCUGAGGAACACUGUUAAGUUUGUGAAGAGCGUUGUGCUGGGCUUGAAGGAGACAGAGGACAGAUAUUACCUGCUUGUGAAGGAGCCCAAGAAGUUCAGAGAGGCUUCUAUGAACUGCAAGUUAAGGGGAGGCACGCUGGCUAUGCCAAAAACUAACAACAUCAACCGGCUCAUGGCAGACUACAUCAGUCAGGCAGGGCUGACGAGGGUUUAUGUGGGAGUGCAAACUCGGAGCAAAGACACGGAUGGAACUGGAAGUUAUAUUUAUGCAGACGCCACCCCUCUGCAGGAGUUUGCAGUGUGGAGCCAGGAAGAGCAGCUAUAUUCCACAUUAUCUCCAGCCACCAACUUGAGCUGCGUGGAGCUGCUCAACACUGGGACAUGGAAUAAAGUGGAGUGUGAAACUGCCCUGUUCUUCAUCUGCGAGUUCCCAAGGAGCAGGAGAAGAGGGAGAGGAGGAACGGCUGCUUCCGCUUCAUAAUGACAUUUAAAAUUAAGGAAUACCAAUAUAACUGGUUUGCUGUUUUUGUCCACACAGAAAGUGGCAGCAAAGAGUUGCCCUUGCUUAAGCGGGAUUGAAAGAAGAGCUGAGACAAAUUCAGUCACUUUUAAUAACAUCAUCUGAAAUAUGCAACUCAACAAAACAUUUACUUUAUUGUUAUACAGGAAAAUAUGCAUUCCAUAUCAUGAUUUCUUCUUAAAUGUCAUAUUUGUUAAUAGUUUUUAGUGGUAUCAUCAUGUUUUAAUUGUCUGUAAUUUGCAUUAUGUCUGGCAUCAAAAAAUAAGGGAUACAUUUAAUACAAACAUGGGUUGCCUUUCAACUAACUUUACUCAUACACUGCUUCAUUCAAGAGCUGCUGUAUCCUGUUUAGGCUCCUGAGGGAUAGCACAGAGGUUGGUCUUUAUUUCUACUUUAAAAUCAAGUUUAACAGUAAAGCACAAGACAACUGAGUUCAACAUAUGCAAGCGGAAAAAGACAGUCUGUCAAAACAACCUUAUCCAAAAAGAAAACACAAAACUAGUUUAUCAAGUUUCAACACCUGACCCAUAACAUCUGUUGUUGGUUGAUGAUGGCCAGGGGCUUACAAAACCUAAGCAGCAUUCUGCUUCAACCGAGAUUUUUACAGCAAGAUCUGGACAAGUCUGACACACAUCAAUUCUUGCCAGAAUUGAUGGCAAGAUUUUAUCUCCUUCUGGGUUUUACUUUGCAACGUACAGAUUCAUGCAUUUUAAUAAUGAUAGAUUCACAUGAGUUGCAUGAGGAAUCUGUGCUUUUAAAUAAGUGUCAUUAUAGAUCUUUGGAACCUAAAUAAUUGUAGGCAAAUAAAUAAAGCAGAGCCACUGUUUGACUUUAUUAAGGUGUCAAUAAAGUUUUACUCAGUAUUCUGUGAUUUUCUAUUUCACAGAAAUGGAAAAUUUCUGUGAAAUUUGUGUCACACAAAGACCCAUUGUUUUAAGAGCAAAUAAUUGCAAUGCUCAAAACAACAGAAAGACCUUUGUUGCUCAAGACGUACCAACGCUAACGUGAAGAUUUUCCUAAGCACUACUCGAAUUUUAUUUCAAAUCAUGUGCUUUGGUGGCUGAGAUGAAACAAAGAUUAAACCUUUCAGCAAGGAACUCUCUGGAGGGCCGGAAAGUACUAAUAUAAGUAAAAACACAAAUUUGAAAAUGGUGAUGGCUCUUUGAUGCUGUGGGUAUUUCUCCUCUAUAGCUCUGGAAAUAUGAUCAAUGUUUUCAUCAAUGCUUUAAAAUGUCAGGGUAAGCAAGUAAAAAAUCUUCUGUCAGAAAACUAGUACUGCGAUUGCUUGCUUAAACAUUUUAUUUGUCAGGUGAAUAAUAGCCUUCUUUUAAAGGCUUCAUUUGCUCACUUCACCUUGCAAAGAUUCUUUAGUCCUAUGAGGUUGAGGGCAUAGCUUUUGUUGACAUUUCUCUUCAAGUAGCCCCAUAAAUUUGACUAAAUUCUGUACAACGGGAACCCCGUUCCCAAAUAGCACCAAUUUACCAAACAUAUUGCAGCUCUUUUAGUUUCUGACAGCCUGUUGACAGCCUUCCUGAUCAUUUUCCAUUGUGUUUUUUUGUUUUUUAUUUUCGUUGGCUUCUUAGUUGUAGAGAAAUUUCAAUUUUAAUAAUGAACAGAUGACUACCUUAACUGCUGUAAUGUUCUUUGUGCCAAACUCCUGACUGAUACCUUUGUACAGUAUAAUGAUUCUAACUUUUGGUCAACUCUAUUCCUUCUACAGGCUAACUAGGAGUUUGAAUUAAUUUGAAUAGGUUUCCACACGAAAAACGAGCCGUGUCCUUUCAGAGGUUAUAUCAACACUGUCUCACAUAACCUAGAUAAUCAUUAACUGUGACUUUAGAUAGAAAGCUGCUAUUCUCAACAGUACUCCCCCCAUUUAAAAAAAAAAGAAAACAUACAAUGAAUUUAAAAAAAGAUCAUUCUUG